AAUACGCGGGCAGGAUAGUAAAUAACUGCAUCCAAACAGAGUGCCUAAAACCCUAACCCCAGAAAGUCUAUGCCGUCGUCUUUCAUAAAUUAGGAAGUGCAUUCGUUUUCUGGUCGGAGGAGAGAGAGAGAGACGGCAGCCGGAGAGUCCGUCAACAAUGUCGAAGCGAGGUAGGGGAGGUUCCGCAGGGAACAAAUUUAGGAUGUCGCUGGGUCUACCUGUGGCGGCUACAGUUAACUGUGCCGACAAUACAGGAGCUAAGAACCUGUAUAUCAUUUCGGUGAAGGGGAUCAAGGGCCGCCUCAACCGAUUGCCAUCAGCUUGUGUUGGUGACAUGGUCAUGGCGACGGUCAAGAAGGGAAAACCUGACCUCAGGAAGAAGGUGCUUCCUGCUGUUAUUGUCAGGCAGCGCAAGCCAUGGCGCCGAAAGGAUGGUGUCUUCAUGUACUUUGAAGAUAACGCUGGUGUCAUUGUGAACCCCAAAGGAGAGAUGAAGGGUUCUGCUAUAACAGGCCCAAUUGGAAAGGAAUGUGCUGAUCUCUGGCCCAGAAUUGCCAGUGCAGCUAAUGCUAUUGUUUGAACACCAAAUCAAGUGACUUAGUUUCGUUUCUGUCCUUUUAUAGACUAGGAUUUUAAGAUUCAAUUUCAUUGUCUGGGAUUAACUUAUUUUAUCUUGAUUUAUAUGAUCGUUAUGAGUUUUGGUUCAUAUCACAUGUUUAUCCCUAUAGAUGAAGUUAACUGCAAGGGAACCUUGUUAUUUCUGGACU